UGAGGUGACGUCAUCGCAACUCCAGCGCCGCCAGGAGAGGAGGAGCGGGGUUCGUCAUCGCCGGCCUCCGCCAUGGCUGCCAUAUUGGAUGGGAAGUGAGCUGCAUCCCUCCGCCCACUGAGAUUAGCGGCGCCGGUGCUCGUCCAUUCACUGUGCUGUAAAGAUUCCCCGGCCGCCGCCAGCAGCCUGAUUGUUGCCGGUCACACCGAAGGGGCGAGAGAGCGAGCAAGAUGGCCGACCCGGCGGAGUGCAGCAUCAAAGUGAUGUGCCGCUUCAGGCCUCUGAAUGAUUCGGAGGUGGUGAGAGGGGACAAGUAUGUGGCCAAGUUCCAGACAGAGGACACUGUGGUGAUCUCGACCAAACCUUAUGUCUUUGACCGCGUAUUCCAGUCAAACGCAAGUCAAGAACAAGUCUACAAUGCCUGUGCUAAAGCGAUUGUUAAAGAUGUACUCGAAGGAUACAAUGGCACAAUAUUUGCUUAUGGACAGACAUCAUCCGGAAAGACGCACACCAUGGAGGGAAAAUUACAUGAUACAGAUGGAAUGGGUAUUAUUCCCAGAAUAGUGCAAGAUAUAUUUAACUACAUUUAUUCCAUGGAUGAGAACCUGGAGUUCCAUAUAAAGGUGUCAUAUUUUGAAAUCUACCUAGACAAGAUUAGAGAUCUAUUGGAUGUGUCAAAAAUAAAUCUGUCUGUUCAUGAAGACAAAAACAGAGUUCCGUAUGUAAAGGGUUGUACUGAACGGUUCGUUUGUAGUCCUGAAGAAGUCAUGGAUACUAUAGAUGAAGGAAAAUCUAACAGACAUGUAGCUGUGACAAAUAUGAAUGAACACAGCUCUAGAAGUCACAGCAUUUUUCUAAUUAAUGUAAAGCAAGAAAACACUCAAACAGAGCAGAAACUGAGCGGUAAACUCUACUUGGUUGAUUUGGCCGGUAGUGAAAAGGUUAGCAAAACUGGAGCCGAAGGAUCUGUGCUCGAUGAAGCUAAAAACAUCAACAAAUCUUUGUCAUCCCUUGGAAAUGUCAUCUCUGCCCUGGCUGAAGGCAGUGUGUAUAUUCCAUAUCGAGACAGUAAAAUGACUAGAAUCCUCCAAGACUCCCUAGGAGGCAAUUGUCGAACCACUAUUGUAAUCUGCUGCUCACCAUCCUCGUACAAUGAGUCUGAAACAAAGUCUACUCUAAUGUUUGGUCAAAGAGCGAAGACCAUUAAGAACACUGUGUGUGUUAAUGUUGAGCUCACAGCUGAGCAGUGGAAGAAGAAAUAUGAGAAGGAAAAGGAGAAGACAAAGUCAUUGCGAGCUACAGUGCAGUUCCUGGAAAACGAGCUUGCUCGCUGGCGUAAAGGUGAAUCGGUGCCUAUUGAAGAGCAGUUUGACAAGGAGAAGGCCAACCUGGAUGCAUUUGUCGUGGACACUGUGGUAGCCAAUGACAAGCCAGCUGUGAUACUUACUGCUAAUUUCACGGAUGCUGAUAGGAGACAGCGUGAAGAUGAGGUUGCUAAACUGUACAAACAGCUGGAUGACAAGGAUGAAGAGAUCAAUCAGCAGAGUCAGCUGGUAGAAAAACUGAAGCAACAAAUGUUGGAUCAGGAAGAGCUACUGGCCUCCACAAGACGGGAUCAGGAUAACUUGCAGGCCGAAUUAAACCGCCUACAAGCGGAGAAUGACGCCUCCAAAGAAGAAGUGAAGGAAGUCCUGCAGGCUCUGGAGGAACUUGCUGUCAACUACGAUCAGAAGUCACAGGAAGUAGAAGACAAAGCUAAAGACUAUGAGUUUCUUAGUGAAGAGCUCAGUCAGAAAUCGGCUAUUCUUAGCAGCUUAGACUCUGAACUCCAAAAAUUAAAAGAAAUGACCAACCACCAAAAGAAAAGAGCUACAGAAAUGAUGACCUCUUUACUGAAAGAUCUUGCCGAAAUUGGUAUCGCAGUUGGAAAUAAUGAUUCCAAGCAACCUGAAGUGAGUGGCAUGAUCGAUGAAGAGUUCACAAUAGCCAGACUGUAUAUCAGUAAGAUGAAAUCGGAGGUGAAGAGCAUGGUGAAGCGCUGCAAGCAGCUGGAGGGCACCCAGACUGACAGCAAUAAGAAAAUUGACGAGAAUGAGAAAGAGCUUGCUGCAUGUCAGCUCCGCAUUUCUCAGCAUGAAGCAAAGAUCAAGUCUCUGACGGAGUAUGUUCAGAAUGUGGAGCACAAGAAGAGGCAGCUGGAGGAGUCUGUGGACUCGCUGAAUGAGGAGCUUGUCAAGCUACGGGCACAGGAAAAAGUUCAUGAAAUGGAGAAGGAGCACUUAAAUAAAGUACAGACUGCCAAUGAAGUUAAGCAUGCUGUGGAGCAGCAGAUUCAGACUCAUCGGGAAAGCCACCAGAAACAGCUGAGCAGUCUGAGAGAUGAGAUUGAGGCCAAGGAGAAGCUGAUCACAGAUCUUCAAGACCAAAACCAGAAGAUGAUGCUGGAGCAGGAACGACUUCGAGUGGAGCAUGAAAAGCUAAAAUAUGCUGACCAGGAGAAGAGUAAGAAACUGCAUGACCUCACGGUAAUGCAAGAUAGAAGAGAACAAGCACGGCAGGAUCUGAAGGGACUGGAAGAGACGGUGGCAAAAGAGCUUCAAACGCUGCACAAUCUCAGGAAGCUGUUUGUUCAAGAUUUGACUACUAGAGUGAAAAAGAGCGCAGAGAUGGACUCUGAUGACACAGGGGGAAGUGCUGCACAGAAACAAAAGAUCUCCUUUCUUGAGAACAACCUGGAGCAGCUCACAAAAGUCCACAAACAGUUGGUACGGGAUAAUGCAGAUCUGCGUUGUGAGCUUCCGAAGCUGGAGAAACGACUUCGAGCUACAGCUGAGCGAGUUAAGGCCUUGGAGUCUGCUCUAAAAGAAGCCAAAGAAAAUGCAUCUCGUGAUAGGAAACGGUAUCAGCAAGAGGUGGAUCGUAUUAAAGAGGCUGUAAGGUCCAAGAACAUGGCUCGAAGAGGACAUUCUGCACAGAUUGCUAAACCUAUCCGUCCUGGACAGCACCCAGCUGCCUCUCCAACACAUCCAAAUGCAAUCCGCGGAGGAGCCGUGUUCCCUCAAAAUAGUCAGCCAGUGGCUAUUCGUGGAGGAAGUACUAAACCCUGACAAAAUAUGGUGAAGGAUCAUUGAAGUACUGAUCAGAGUGACAGCAGUGUCCGAUGGCCAAUAUUAGGGUUCACUUACCUUUUGGGGAUUGUAGAAUUGUUUUUUCCAAUUGUAAUUUAUAUCUGGCCUGUACAGCUCUUCCUUUAUUCCCAACAAAUAAUUUCCUUUUUUGAGGGGCAAAGUCGUAAUGAUUUGCAGCAGAACUAGAGUGCAAUUUUGAUGUAUUUGCAUACAACAUGUAAUUUAAGGUAUAUAGCUCCAUCUAUUGCACAGUUUGUUAUCCAUGUCUUAAACUUUAGUCUGCACUGUGCCAAGUCUGAAUGUAUGUUGCUGGUCGAGUAGAACCUAGAUAGGUCUCUGUAAAUCUUUCGUCUUGGGGGACAUGGAGCAAACUGUAACGGUUUAUUACACUUCCAGGUUAACCUUUUUAAUUGCAUAACACUACUGCUUUAUUAUACAAUGGCAGUAGAGAGCGAAGCAGCUUUAUUAAUGGGCAAUGCUAAGAUAUGAAACUGUCAUUCUCUACAAUGUACUAUAGUGUCUGGCUACUAAAGUGUGCUUUACACCAAGCUGCCACCAAUCCAACUAGCAUAAAAUCUAAAUUUCCACUUCCGAUAAGGCUGGUUUACCAUUAGCCAGUGGAACAGCCAGUUGCCAUGCUGUCUUCAGUUUAAAUAAUGUAUAGUAAUGAGAUACAGGAUUAAAGCUUUUAUACAUGACAAUAGGGAUUCAUUGUUGACAACAUUGACUGUCCUAUCGCAAGCAUUAAUGUGUCACAACUGCUGUGAAAACAUUCUGCUUCGUUCUGUUAAUAAAUGUGUAUGGGAUUGUCAUGAGCUAUUUAAUCAUUUUACCGUAUUAUGGAGCUUGCACUGGCAGUUAGGUUUUUGUUUUUUUUUAAUUAUUAUUUUAUCCUAUUUUUCC